ACUAUGUAAAUCCAUAUAUGUACAUACAUACAUACGUGUAAGUGCAUAUAAAUUUAGUUAGCAUUUGUUUGUGUAAUUUUACCCUAUCAUCUAUAAAACCCAAUUUACGUAUUUUUUAAUAGUACUUUCCAUUUUCUAUAUUUCCACAUGGACAUACGAUACAUGUGGAAUUCAAAAUAAAAGUUCGAUAUAAAAAUCUCGAAUGUGUGAUUUGCUGUAACGGAAACACUGAACAAGGGCUGUUUAUACAGGGGGCGAGGUUUGUGUACCAAAUUUUCAAAAGUACUUUGAAAAGUAAUUUGAAAAACUUACAAUUGGCUUACUCGUCAGAGCCAUGACCCUCAAUAAAAACUAUAUCAAGUUCGGAACAUUUUUUCGAGGUAAGCAAAGUUAUAAAAAAACUUGCGUAAGUUAUUUGUGACAUUUUAUUGUACCUGAGGAUUAAAUUCAUAUUUAAUACUUUUGUGAAACAAGAACUAUAUAUUUUUAUGGAUAUGUAUUUAUUAGAUGAUCGAGAAAAUUGACAUUUAAUACUUAAGAAAAAGUGGUCACUUAUUUAUCAAAAACUAGGUAUGCUAAGUAUUAAACCUAGUAUGAAAUCUUGACAGGUAAUAUAAACCCAGUUUUAAACACGUUAAAAAAAUGUAUUUUUAGUUUUUGUAGUAUUCUUCGACUAUUUAGAAUCGCCGUAUGUAGAUUUCGAGCACCAAACCAAAACUAGAUCUUAGAGAAUAAACCCGUUUAACUCGAUCUCUGCAACGACUAAAUAGCACUAUUUUUAAUACGACUUCCCAUCCUGUCAACAACCAUCGGGAACUGGUUUUUCAACUAUAAUUACUUAAUUGAGGUUUAUAUAUUAUGUGACUUACUUAUUAAGGCAGAAGAAUGACUUAACUUCUUUUACAAUAAAAUUAUGUCAGUAUCGCAACAUUACAUAGACGACAAUCUGUGCUAUGUAAAAGAACCCACUGAACUAAAUCUUUCCAACCGGUCAGACAUCACAUAUCAAAGAUACGUUGUCAGUACACACCCAACUUUACAAGCACUCAAGAGAAGACGCCUUGGAGAGAUAGUCUGACAAAAUGGAACACCAUGUGCAAAUUAGCAGUGCCCUCGUCAUCUUAAUAGUUCACCUAACCCCGAUAAUUUGGGCAGAUCCGAUUCCAUCGUCUGGAAAUAUUGUCCCAGUUAAAGAUUCAGAUUCCUUGAACAUGGUUGCCACCCCCACUCCUGGUGCGAGCAUAAUUCUGCCCAUUCUUUCAGCGUCUACGACACGGGCGGAGAGAUCUGGAGGAAAAGGAAAGUGGAAUAAUCGACAGAAUAAUAGACGCCGAGCUCCCACCCCCGUCGUCGUUUCCACCCCGGUUGUGACCAGUAACGAAUUGACAGAUUCGGACAAGGAGAUGAUCCUCCACUCGAGUGAAAUGCAGCUGGAUCAGGGCGAAAAUGGGGAGGACUAUCUGCACGAAGCACUUGGUCAAGGGGAGGAGGAACAGAUUGUCGGUGUUGAUCGGCAAGGCAGACCAAAGACGUCGACCACUGGUGCAAAUGCGGUGAUGAGUCUGGCUGAACGGCUGGCGGCGUCAGGAAUCCAUGUGGACGGUGGUACGGCAAAUUUUGGGGGAGGGCACGACCUAACGGCGGGAACGAGGGGGGUGUCAGGAUCAGCAUAUCCACCGCCGGGUGGGAGUUAUCCAGGACCAAUCUCCAAUCCAGGCUUUGGGGCUGGAAUUGGUGGAAUAGGUGGAGCAGGGGGGUGGGUUCAGCCCACGAUGGGAUGGGGACAAACUCCGCCACAAGUCCCUCAGAUGAGUGGAUGGGCCGGAGGUGGACAGCCUAAUGCGAAAGUGGUCUGCUAUUACUGUACUAUCAACGCGUAAUUUGGUGAUGGGGUACUCAUAAGGGGGAAUUUUUAGGGUGUGAUUCAGAGUAAUAAUUUUAACGCAUGUGUGUAAGAGACAUUUGUACAGAGAUUUUCAUUUGCAUACGAAGUAUUUAGGAAUUAACGAUAACAGUCAAUAUAUGUAUACAAAUAAUCGAAAUUAUUAUGUAGAUAGUUGCAAUUAGGAUUAAGAAUACCUACAUAUUUUUUACAUUAUCAAGUCAGAAUUUUAUGCUUAUGUAAAAAUUGGGGAGAAAAUGCAGUAAAAUAGGUCAAUAACGAGGUUGAAAACUUGUUAGGGAAGGAUGUCGCGGUCAUACAUACGAGGUCAUAUUUAUUUAAAAUGGGCAAUCGAAUUGAUCGAAAUUUAAAAAUAUGGAAAGACUGGUUUUUAUAUUUUUCAUACUACUUGGAAAAGUUUAUUGAUUUUGGGCCGUUAACAUUUUUUCUUUCGCCGUAACAUGGGGAUGAAUAUAUUUGUACUUAUGUAAUGUACACAAAUAAUCAAUUCUACAUACGCGUAUUUAUUACUUACUUCGACCAAGUUUAUUUUUAUCAAGUAUUUUGUAUUGUAAGAUCACGUGUAUUUAUAUUGAACAAAUGUUAAAAUGAAAAUACUUCGAAAUGAUGAGCAAGCUUUAAAUAAAAAUGGCACAAUUAAAAUAAAAUUCUGACAAGAAUGUUGUCAGUAAUUGUACUGUAGGUGUAACAGAAAAUGUACUUCUCAACUUUCAUCACCUUUAAGUAAGCGAAGUAAAUUUAAUUUGGCCUCAAAAGCCUGGACUACGACGGCAUUAUAAUGCCUUUCACUAAUUCGCCCAAGUGGUCUCCUACUAUUUCCUUGCACAUCCAAAGUUUUGACCCGGUGCUAGUUAUUCUGACGUACUGUCACAUUUUCCUCCCGCCAAAGCUCUAGACCUAAGACUAGAUUAGUGGCGUGCUCAAACUACUCCAGGGACUGGAGUCCAGUCCGGGGGAUAUUCCUGGACACAUCUUCAUUUUAAAAGUUUUCGUUUAAAUUGUUUAUUUAGAUAUGUAGGUAUUUAUAAACUUCUCUUUUGUAUUUUUUUAGUUAAAUUUUUUUAAUUGCAAAAAGAGUGAAUAUUAUUUGCCAAACUGCAAUACAUUUAAAAUAUUCAAGAAUCGAUUUAGUCAAGCCGGUUGGCUCGAGUUUAAUUUGUGAAUGGAUUUUCAUGUACCCUGUCAGCGAAAUAAUUAUGUGGAUUGCAAGGAUUGUAAAAGAUUAUGUCUGAUCCGGUUCAAGUUUGCAAAAUAAUAACUAAACAAAACAAGUUAUUCGGGAUACUGUUUUUUGUUAGCUGGUGCAACGUUGAUAGCAACGAGUGGAAAAAUUAGCAUUUGCGAUAAAAUCAUUUUAAGGGUUUAUGUCACCUAAGCAGUUCGAAUUGUUCCGGACUUGUUCAUAUUUCGAUCAGUCUCAAUGUACUGUACGACAGAAAUUGAUGGCUGCUUGAAUGUUAUGUAUUUAAAAAUAUUUACAAAAAGUAGAUCGACAACUUGACCAAAGCAUUAAAUUGAUGCUGUAAUAAUGUAAUUAAGGGCAUAAAUUCGUACCAAUACGCCAAGAUUGAAGGUUAUGAUAAUUUAACUACGGGUUGAGGUAGUUCAGGGUGAUACUUAAUUUCAAACGGUAAUAAAUCAAAUUUGCAUAAAAAUUUGCAUGAUUGAAAACUGGUCUAAUGAAUAGGUAGUUUUAUGCACGGGAAUAAAAAUAGUUGUACCUGUUGCAUAAAUUUGGAAAGGGAAAGUGAAAGUACAGCCAAGAUGUAUUAAAGAAAGUUACAUCCUCAUAUAAAUCUACCUAUAUGCGUAAUUUAUUGGUGAUCAUUGGCAUUGAAAGGUCAUUAUACUAUCAUGUUAUUUAAUUUCAUAUUUCUGCUGUAGAACUUCUGCACAUGUCUAAAAUAGAAAUUUGCACGAAUAUGCUUUGAAAUCAGGUACUAAUUUUUGCACUUGAAUUUUUGUGUAAACACUUCCACAUUUCACUUUGGUUAGAAUAACUCAAACCUGAUUUCGCAACUUGCAAAAAUGAAUAUUACGUAUAUAAUGCUUAGCUUAACGGCACGAAUUAAUUUUCCUUUCAUUUCGCCGCCACUACCACGCUGACCGUGUUAGGGUUAAGUCGUUCGAAAUGGAAAUUUUCAAAAAUAGAAAUUUAUUCGCAUAUUUGUUGCUGAUAACUGGAAUAUGGGAAAGUGCGUCGCUAUCAUUUGGGGAUGGUCUCCGUACCGCAAUUUUAGAAAUAAAGCAAGGCACCAACUGGAAAGACGGGUUGAUCAAGGCCUCCCUCGAAGAUGACGACGAACUCUCCAGUGACGAGGAUGACAUACAUUUUAAAGAAGAUAAGGCCUUACCUGGUGUUGGAGAGUUACAAAAUAAUCCAGCGACAAGAACCAGACCUGUCUUUGAUCUGGCGCAGUGGGCCAUCGGCAUCGGACAGAGUACGGUUGCUGGGGUGGAUUACGGAAUUAAUGGACCCCGACCAAAUGGAUGGGGAUGGGGUGGUAGCCAAGGAGGCUGGGGGCUCGGAUGGGGGUGGCCUCAAGGUGGAAAUGGCCCAUUAGUUGGCGCCUCAAUCGUAGCUGGUCAAGGAGGAUGGAACGUGAAUUGCGGUGGGGGUUCGGGUGGUAACAGGGUGGCCAUUGGAUUAGACGGAUGCUCAACAGGUGGUGUUAGUGGUGGUGGUGGCGUCGGUGGAUGGACGCCAUCUUACCGUCCUCCAUCAUAUAAUCCAACUCAAUCAUAUAAUAGGCCAUGGGCAGGAAAGCCUCCAGGAGCCACGCUUGGGGGGUACAAUCCAAAGACGUUUUGUUUCUAUUGUCUCAUUACCAAGAAGAAGAGAAGUAUUAAUUAGUGGGGUAAAUUAUGAAAUUGUAUAAAUACUCGAACUUAUUGUUUGUUAGUGUCAUAAUUUGUUCAAACAUAUGUACCCGUGAAAGUUAUUUAUUCUGGAACACAUACCGUUCUCGAUACUUUUUUAAAAUAAGUAUAUUUCCCUGUAUUUAGAUAAAUAAGUAAAUGCCUGUAUGUACAUAUGUAUGUACAUACGUUUAUAAUACUGUAUAUGAAUAUGCACAUGCAAUUUCAAAGCUGAUGUCAAAAAUAAAAUAGCAUUACAUAUGCAUUUAUUUUGCUUUAAAUAUUUCAAUAUUCACAAGUUGGAAUAUUCUACUGUGUUCGGACGAUAUAAAUAAACAUAAGUAUUUAUAAUUGUGCAAAUCUGAAUAAAUCAAUAUUCAAGGAUGGGUUAUA